UUCUUAUGUCAGAAAAGCCAGAAAAGUAAUCAACGCCAGCCGGUUUUUGAAUUGAAAUUCGAAUCUGCUCAAGUUUUCCACUUUUAACUGCAUUUUUCAUCUGAUUCCGUCGUUUAAAAUGACCGAAGUCAUUAGCCGAGGAUCUCCGGAACCGGAAUCCAAUGGAGACAAACCCGAUCAAACGCUUUCUGGGCCAAUAGUUGGAAUUAUCUAUCCGCCGCCGGAAGUUCGCAACAUCGUCGACAAAACGGCCAGUUUCGUGGCACGUAAUGGACCGGAGUUUGAAAGUCGCAUCCGGCAAAACGAGUUGGGUAAUCCGAAGUUUAACUUCUUAAGUCCCGGAGAUCCGUACCAUGCGUACUACCAGCACAAGGUCCAGGAAAUCCGAGACGGACGGAAUGAUGUGAGCUUGGCGGUCGUUCCGGCGGGCAUUCAGCAGCUGAAGAGUGCCGCCAGUGUGGCCGCUCAGCAAAAGCAACAAGAGCUACUGAAAGCUGUCCGGGAGGAGCAGUUCGUACCGAAAGAUCCCCCGACGGAGUUCGAGUUCAUUGCCGAUCCGCCGUCGAUCUCGGCGCUAGAUUUGGACAUUGUGAAGCUGACGGCACAGUUUGUAGCCCGUAAUGGGCGAUUGUUUUUGACGAAUUUGAUGAAUCGCGAGCAGAGGAAUUACCAGUUUGAUUUUUUGAGACCUCAGCAUUCGCUUUUCCAAUAUUUCACAAAGCUGCUGGAGCAGUACACGAAGAUUCUGGUGCCGCCAAAGGAUCUGAUGAACAAGUUGAAGAUUGAGAGCGCUCCUGGCAGAAGCAGCAUGAAUGUGGUCCUGGAACAGGUGAAAUAUCGUGCAAACUGGAACAAGCAUCAGGAGAUGCAACGGCGAAGAGAAGAGGAGAAAGUCGAGAGAGAACGGAUUGCGUAUGCCCAGAUUGAUUGGCAUGACUUCGUGGUGGUCGAAGUGGUUGAUUACCAACCUUAUGAGAGCGGAAAUUUCCCUCCCCCGACGACCCCGGAUGAAGUAGGCGCUAGGGUUCUGAUGGAGGAACGUCUGAACGAAGAGGAUCACGACAUUGAAAUGCAGAUAGAGACGGAUGACGAGGAAAGUGACGAUGACCGUCCCGUGGGUAAUGCCAACGUUAAGCUGUCCAAGAUGGAGAACCGUGUCGGACAAGGCGGUCGCAAAGACAACAAUCAAAUUCAAGAUAUGGAUGAGUCCACAUCGUCGAGCGAUGACGAUGAAGUUGAACGUCCGAGUCGGGCUAAAGCUGUACCACAGGCGCCUCAACCACCACCGAUCGCUCCGCCGACGCACGAUAAGGUCAUCGUUAAGAAGUACGAUCCAAAACAGGCACAAAAAGUGCAGAAACCUCCGGUUCAAACUGGAGACGAUUAUCUUAUCUCACCGAUUACUGGCGAAAAAAUUCCAGCCUCCAAGGUCGCAGAACAUAUGCGUAUUGGGCUGCUGGACCCUCGUUGGGUGGAACAACGCGACAAACAUAUCGAGAAGGUUGCCCAGGAAAACGUUUACGCACCUGGCGCAGCCAUCGAGGCUAGCCUCAAGCAGUUGGCCGAACGUCGUACGGAUAUUUUCGGUGUUGGUGACGAGGAAGCAGCUAUCGGUAAAAAAUUGGGCGAAGAAGAAACUAAGAAGGAUGAUCGUGUGACUUGGGAUGGGCAUACGUCCAGUGUUGAGGCGGCCACUCGUGCCGCACGGGCCAACAUCACUCUGGAAGCACAAAUCCACCAGAUUCAUAAGAGCAAGGGUCUUAUCACAGACGAAGAAAAGGAAAAAAUCGGACCCAAACCAAUUCCCGGUACAGUGGCUGUUGCUCCACCGAAGCCAUCAGCUCCCCAAGCUCCGCCACAAACGAGCGCUCCGCCGCAGAUGCCGCAACCACCGAAACCAAUCCAAGUUCCGCAGCAUCAGGUUCAUCAUCCAGUUCCAGCUCCGCCUCCGCCGUCCGUUCCCAUGAUGAUGCAGAUGGGAAUGCCCAUGAGACCGCCACCGAUGAUGCCCCCACCGUUCCCAGUGGGCUUCGGUGUUCCACCUAUGCCACCGCAUGGUGUCCCGCAAAUGCCUCCGGCUCCGAACAUGUCCGAAGGGCCGGGAGCUCCGUCGGCCCCACCAUCUGGAGACUCGGCCAUGGAUGAACCACCGAACAAGAAGUCCCGCACCGAGGACCAUCUCAUCGAGGAGAGUGUGUUCAUGCAGCGCCAUAAGGGUCCCGUCACCAUCCAGGUGCAGUGUCCGAACCUGACCGAGAAGAGCGAAUGGAAGCUCAGCGGGCAGACCGUUGCGAUGCAGCUGCAGCUGACCGAUGCGAUCAGUGUGCUGAAGGGAAAGGUGCAGGCGGAAACCGGCAUGCCGCCGGCCAAGCAGAAGAUUUUCUACGAGGGUAUGUUCUUCAAAGACAACAAUACCGUUGCAUAUUAUAACAUGCUGAGUGGAGCCACGGUCCAUCUACAACUUAAGGAGCGUGGAGGUCGUAAGAAGUAAAUUCAAGUAAGAACUAAUGUUUGAUCAUUUUUUUCAAAAAUUUAUUCCUGCGAAAGUAACAUUUUAAUAGCGCUAUAUUCUACUAUGAUGCAUAUAAAAGCAACCAACAUAAUAUCUCCACAAAAUAACAAUUGAAUAAACUACUGUUAGCGUAUCGCGUUCGUUAUGCUCGGCGCCAA